CGGCGGUAACAACAAGAACCUAAUUAAGAAGAAGAAGAAGAAGCAGAAUGGAAGUGAUACCGGCGGCAGCGCCGGCGUCAUCGUCGAUUUCAUGUACGCAUCGUUGCUUCUACAAAACAGAUAAACCAAGCACCGUGCCGGUCCUACGCUUCAAGAACCACUCGUCAUGUGACAGUAGUUAUAGAGGUAUCACUAAUUUCCCUGUCCGACUUCAGGUAUCGGCAUUGGAGACUGUGGAAAUAGCUCCAAACCAUGAACUGUUCGAUAAAAUUUCUACAUCAGAUACAUUUGGCUGGAAUACCCUUAUCCAAAAACAUAUUGACCAUGGGAAUUUCCACGCCGCUUUUACCGUUUACGAACAAAUGCUUAUUCGAGGCAUUCUUCCUGAUAGGCACACUGUCCCUCGGAUUAUUGCUGCCUCGCGUCUUUCUGGGAGUUUGAUCUUUGGUAAGCAAGUUCAUGGGCAAAGUUUUAAGUUUGGAUUGUCGUCUAACUCUUUUGUAGUUACUGCACUCAUGGAAUUCUAUGGAUUCCUUGAAGGUGCAGAAUCUGCUAGAUGGGUAUUCGAAAAAACCUCGCAGGAAUCAACGUAUAACGUGAUUGCGUGUACAUUGUUGUGCCGCUUCUACGCAAUGGGAGGAAAACCCUUAAUUGCUUUGGAGCUUUUCAAUAACAUGCUUGAAUCUGGAACAGCUGAUAUCGAUGCUGUAUCCCUUGCUACUGCUAUUGGCGCAUGUGGGUUAAUAAAAUCGCUAAAAGAAGGAAAAAACAUUCAUCGGAUUGCAAGGGUGCACGGAUUAGCAUCGAAUAUUUUGGUAAGCAAUUCUCUCCUCAAAAUGUAUCUUGAUUGUGCCAGUUUAAAUGAUGCCCGGAAAGUGUUUGAUAAAAUGUCAACUAAGGAUGCCAUUUCAUGGACCGAAAUGCUUCGUGGGCAUGUGAAAAAAGGAGGGUUCGGCGAGGGUCUAAAACUAUUUCGUGAGAUGAUAACAAAUGGAAUAAAGCCCGAUCCCUUAGCUAUCUCCAGCAUCCUUCCGGCUUGUGCUAGAAUGGCUGUUCGUAAACAAGGUAAAGAAAUUCAUGCCCAUUUGUUAAGAAAUGGAAUUGACAUGAACCUCACAGUACAGAAUGCCCUAGUUGACAUGUAUAUAAAGUCUGGAUCCAUUGAAUACGCUUCCAUCAUCUACUCAAGGAUGAACUGUCGAGAUGUAAUCUCUUGGACGAUUAUGUUGUUAGGCUGUAGCCUCCAUGGACAAAUAGACCUUGCUAUUUCAAUCCUCCACGAUAUAGACCAUAAUUCAGGCUCCGAAAUAGACCAGAAUUUGUAUGAUGCAGUUCUCUCUGCUUGUUCUACAGCUCGAUUAGUUGAUAUGGGUAGACGAUUCUUCAGCCGCAUCACUUCUCCUAAUCUUUCACAAAACACGUUGAUGGUUUUGAUUCUGGCUCGUUCUGCUUUGUUCGAUGAAGCCAUGUCUUUCAUUAGAGAAAGGAAUCUAUCAAGGCAUCCCGAGGUUUUGAAAGCUUUGCUUGACGGGUGUAAAGUUCAUAAUAAUAUCUACAUGGGAAAACAAGUUAUGGAACAGCUUUGUGAAUUCGAACCACUUAACGCUGAAAACUACGUUCUUUUGCAGAAUUGGUACGCACAGAAUAGAAAUUGGGAUAAAAUGGAGAGAACUAGAGAAACCAUGAACGAUAUGGGUUUGAAGCCCAAAAAAGGUUAUAGUUGGAUUGAAUAUAGGAAUAAAGUUCAUGUGUUUGGAACUGAGGAUUUAUCGCACCCACAAUCCGAUAGAAUAUAUCAGGAAUUACAACAUCUCAUGAAGAAGAAAGUAGAAGAAGUAUCGAAUUUUGGUUUCCACGAUGUGGAUGAAGAGAGGGGAUGUAACCCGAUUGGUCACAGUGAGCUGCUAGCGGUUUCAUUUGGGCUAAUCAGCACAGAAGCGGGGUCAACUAUACGCGUUACAAAAAACUUACACGUUUGUCAAAAUUGCCAUGAGACUGUAAUGAUGAUAUCGGAGAUAGUAAAUCGAGAGAUUAUAAUAAAAGAUCAGAGUUGUUUCCAUCAUUUCAAAAAUGGAAGGUGUUCUUGCCACAAUUUUCAAUCUCAGGUCUUCCCUUAGUUUGUUUUUCGAUUACAAACUUUUCAGAUAAGGUCUUGCUCAUACAUAUAACUGAAACUUGUCAUGUUUGGGGUCAAAUUUAGAUUGUUAAUUUAAAGCACAUCGAUUAAGAAUUUUCUGUCAUUUAAGUUAGUUUGUGUACUGCUUUGUGAUAGUUUUGCCAUAUUGUGUACUUUGG